AAACAACAGCCGACAUUAAUUUCUCUCUCAAUUAGCUCUUUACUCUUCCUCUCUGUUUCUCUAUCAAUCUUGGAAAACCCUAAUUUUUAUUGGCAACCAAACACUGACCCUCGAUGUCGAGCGCCUCACGGGGCUGCACCAGUUGCCGCGGCGAUUCCUUCGAGCGUGACGACAUUACGGGGCAUCUGGUGUGCUUGGCAUGCGGGCUCAUCCAGGAGUUUGACAACUACGACGCGCAGCUCGGCGGCCUCAACGGUCCACAGGGCACCUCCGUCCGCGUCGGCACCGCAGGUACGGGCACUGUUUACACUUACAAACAAAGGAAAGUCUUCGGGGCCCAAAGCCUCAUCGACAAAUUGACCUGUACGCUAGGCUUGUCCGAUGCCAAAUCGGGCGACAUUAAAACCAUGGUCGCCAGAAUAACCGAGAGCGAAUUCGGAGAGGGUGUCUGGUUCCCAAUCUUGAUCGGUGCUUGCGCCUAUGUAGUUAUGCGAAAAGAUAACAAGCCGUUGCCGAUUGCCGAGGUGGCCUCGGUCAUCGACUCCGAUAUCUACGAGUUAGGUAGAAUGGUGGCGCGUGUGGUGGAUUUCUUGGAUCUGAAAGGGUCAGUGGAGUUUCCGGAGUUCGAUAUCGUAUGGUCAUUCGAACGGGCGGUGAGGAAAAGCUCGACCCUUUCUAGGGUGGGGAGGGAUAAGGUGGAGACAAUGAGGAAACAGGGGAUUUUUUUGAUACAGUGUGCUGUGAAGUGGUUCUUGACGACGGGACGGAGGCCAAUGCCGGUGGUGGCGGCAGUGCUGGUUCUGGUGGCGGAGUUGAAUGGGGUGGAUAUGAGGAUCGAGGAUGUGGCGCGGGAGGUUCACGCCAAUGUCACGACGAGUAGGUUGAGGUAUAGGGAGUUUUUGGAGUCGCUGGUGAAGGUGGCUCAGGUUUUGCCUUGGGGGGAAGAUGUCACUGUCAAGAAUGUGGUUAAGAGUGCGCCAUUUGUGAUCGAGUAUAUGGAGAGGAAGUCAAUGGAGAUGCCCGUUGACAAGAAGAGGAAGAAAGUAGAUGGUGCUAUUGGGGUUGAUUUGGGAGAUGUGGUUAGUGAGUGUUUGAGGAAAGAUGUUGAGUACGUGACUGAUGGGUAUGGUGAGGAGAACAUUGAGGUUGAACAGAAUGGUGGGAUUGUGAGAGCGGGAAAUGAUGAUAAUGAUUUGGAUAGGAUGAAGCUCUCACAUGAAUGCUUAUCUUUGAUGUACAAAGAAUUUUUGAAUAAGAUGCGUAACAAAAAAAAUUCCACGGAAGGGAGUGUUGACAUUCGUGGAAAGAAGAGGAUAGGAUUUAAGCAUCUUGCCUGUACGGAUUGGUGGAAUGGGAAAUCAGACCUGACCAAAAAGCUGUUACUCAAGCAAAUAUUGGAGAAAGACGUAGGAUUGGAUGCUUUGCCCCCAUCUUUCGUUACUGGUUGUAGGGUUUAUAAGAGGAGAAGAGAAAAGAUAAAUGCUGCUAAAGUACGGAUUAAUAGAGUUAUGCAUCCAUCAAGAACCGAUUUGGUUGAGAGCUGUGAUAGUUGCUCUUUGGAAUCUGUACAUGCUAAGAAGAAGAGAAAUAGAAGGCGAGUUAAUGAUAUUGAUUGGGAAGAUUUUAUUAUUGAAACUCUCCUCCUCCAUGAAGUGAAAGAGGAGGAAAUUGAGAAGGGGCAUUACAAUACCUUGCUCGACUUGCAUGUGUUUAACGGUGGAGUUUUGCCAGAGGUUCUGCCAUGGAAGGCAAAAUAGUUGGAAUGUACUUGGAUGCCUUUGCAACUGCAUGGUCAAAGAGACAUUUUUCGGCAGCUCUUUUGUUUAAGCAUCUACUGCGAGAAGAAUUUACAUAUAUUUUUGGUUUUCAUGUUAUGUAAAUUCUUAUACAUCCAUAGAUAAUUUUUGUUUACAA